AUGGAGGCUGGAAACCACAGCAGUGUGACAGAGUUCAUCCUUUUGGGGCUCACGGAGGAUCCUGUGCUUGGUGUCAUCUGCUUUGUGAUAUUUCUAGGCAUUUAUGUUGUCACCUUAGUAGGCAAUGUCAGCAUAAUUCUUUUAAUAAAAAGCUGUCCCCAGCUUCACACCCCCAUGUACCUCUUCCUUGGCCAUUUGGCUUCAGUAGACAGUGGUAUUUCCACAUCAGUCACACCAGUGAUGCUUAGAGGACUCCUUAGACAUGGAGUGGCCAUCACAACCGCUGGCUGUGAGGCCCAGCUCCUUUCUGUGGUUUUCUUUGGGACAACUGAUGGCUUCCUGCUGGCCACCAUGGCCUAUGAUCGCUAUGUGGCCAUCUGCAUGCCCCUGCUCUAUUCCACCCACAUGUCCCCAAGAGUCUGUGUCCUCUUACUGGGGGCUUCCUAUCUGGGUGGGUGUGUGAAUGCUUCGUUAUUUACUAGUUGCUUGUUGAGUCUGUCUUUCUGUGGACCAAAUCAGAUAGACCACUUUUUCUGUGAUUUUUCCUCUUUGUUGAAACUUUCCUGCUCAGAUGUUUCUAUUCUUGAAAUUAUCCCUUCCAUAUCUUCUGGGUCCAUCCUUGUUGUCACAGGGUUUGUCAUAGUUCUCUCUUACAUCUACAUCCUCUUCACCAUCCUGAAGAUGCCCUCCACUGAAGGAAGACACAAGGCCUUCUCCACCUGCACCUCCCACAUCACAGCUGUUACUCUCUACUACGGAAGUAUCACCUUCAUUUACGUGAUGCCCAAGUCCAGCUACUCCACUGACCAGAACAAGGUGGUCUCUGUGUUCUACAGUGUGGUGAUCCCCAUGCUGAACCCCCUCAUCUACAGCCUCCGGAACAGAGAUGUAAAGGAGGCCCUGAGGAAGACCACUCUCAGAGUAUCUCAACUCGGUCAGGCCAAUGACUUCAGCCCCGUUACUGAUCUAGUGGAUGUGACCAGGAGAAGCAAGCCUAAACUGUCCCUGUGGCUUCGUCUUUGGAACAAACUCUUCCCCCAACAAGGUCGAGGAUGUCAAGAGCCCAAAACAAGGGCAGCUGAUUCCUCAAGCUUCAGCCGUGCGUUGACUGACCAGCUUCCGGUGUGGUCAGGGCAGGGCUUUGAGGUCGGUGUCUCCUCCUCUGUAUUGUCAGGCAAAGAGGUCUCUCCAGAUCGAGGGCAGUCUCCCACUCUCCACAGUCAUCAGCUGGGCCAGCCAGUUUAA